GGCCGGAAGCGGAAAGGCUCGGAACGCAAAGCAGUGUGGGUUGAGUUCUGAGGUGCGCUGUAGGGAAAGGCUGGGCGCUGGUGUUUUUGGAGGCUCUGUUCUCGGCGUCGAAAGACCGCGGGCAAAAUGCCGGAGCGAGAUAGUGAGCCGUUUUCCAAUCCUUUGGCCCCAGAUGGCCAUGAUGUGGAUGAUCCUCACUCCUUCCACCAAUCAAAACUCACCAAUGAAGACUUCAGGAAACUCCUUAUGACGCCAAGGGCUGCACCUACUUCUGCACCACCUUCUAAGUCACGUCAUCAUGAGAUGCCAAGAGAAUACAAUGAGGAUGAAGAUCCAGCUGCAAGGAGGAGGAAAAAGAAAAGUUAUUAUGCCAAGUUGCGCCAACAAGAAAUUGAGAGAGAGAGAGAGCUAGCAGAGAAGUACCGGGACCGUGCCAAGGAACGUAGAGAUGGUGUGAACAAAGAUUAUGAGGAAACUGAGCUCAUCAGCACCACAGCUAACUACAGAGCUGUGGGCCCCACUGCUGAGGCGGACAAAUCAGCUGCAGAGAAGAGAAGACAAUUGAUCCAGGAGUCCAAAUUCUUGGGUGGUGAUAUGGAACACACUCAUUUGGUGAAAGGCUUGGAUUUUGCUUUGCUUCAAAAGGUACGAGCUGAGAUUGCCAGCAAAGAAAAAGAGGAAGAGGAACUGAUGGAAAAACCCCAGAAGGAAACCAAGAAAGAUGAAGAUCCUGAAAAUAAAAUUGAAUUUAAAACACGUCUGGGGCGCAAUGUUUACCGUAUGCUUUUCAAGAGCAAAGCAUAUGAGCGGAAUGAACUAUUCCUGCCAGGCCGCAUGGCCUAUGUGGUAGACCUGGAUGAUGAAUAUGCUGACACGGAUAUUCCCACCACUCUUAUCCGCAGCAAGGCUGAUUGUCCCACCAUGGAAGCCCAGACCACACUGACCACAAAUGACAUUGUCAUCAGCAAGCUCACCCAGAUCCUUUCAUACCUGAGGCAGGGUACCCGUAAUAAGAAGCUCAAGAAGAAGGAUAAAGGGAAAUUGGAAGAAAAGAAACCACCUGAAGCUGACAUGAACAUUUUUGAAGACAUUGGGGAUUAUGUUCCCUCCACAACCAAGACACCUAGGGACAAGGAGCGUGAGAGGUACCGGGAACGGGAGCGUGAUCGGGAGAGAGACAGAGACCGUGACCGAGAGCGGGAACGAGAACGGGAUAGGGAACGAGAACGAGAGCGGGAUAGAGAGAGAGAAGAGGAAAAGAAGAGGCACAGCUACUUUGAGAAGCCAAAAGUAGAUGAUGAGCCCAUGGAUGUUGACAAAGGACCUGGGUCAGCCAAGGAGUUGAUCAAGAGUAUCAAUGAAAAGUUUGCUGGGUCUGCUGGCUGGGAAGGCACUGAAUCGCUAAAGAAGCCAGAAGACAAAAAGCAGCUGGGAGACUUCUUUGGCAUGUCCAACAGUUAUGCAGAGUGCUACCCAGCCACGAUGGAUGACAUGGCUGUGGAUAGUGACGAGGAGGUGGAUUAUAGCAAAAUGGAUCAGGGUAACAAGAAGGGCCCCUUAGGCCGCUGGGACUUUGAUACCCAGGAGGAAUACAGUGAAUAUAUGAACAACAAGGAGGCCUUGCCUAAGGCUGCAUUCCAGUAUGGCAUCAAGAUGUCUGAAGGGCGGAAAACCAGGCGCUUCAAGGAAACCAAUGACAAGGCAGAGCUUGAUCGCCAGUGGAAGAAAAUUAGUGCAAUCAUUGAGAAGAGGAAGAAGAUGGAAGCUGAUGGGGUUGAAGUCAAAAGACCAAAAUACUGAUCUCCAGUUUAAUACUCAUUCUCCAAAGGGAGAAUUUCCACAAAGAUGUGCACCCCACUGCUUGCUUUCUACGAUUUCCAGAAAGGUUGCAAUACGUUUUUUGUGAAUGUACAUAAAAUUUUAUUGUAUAAUCAUUUGGUUCCAUUAAAAUUGGUUAACCUGC